CCACACCCCACCCGUCCCGUCCCCUCAAACCAACGCACGAGCGGAAACGAAACCCUCUCCAGGAUCCCGCGAAGCGAACUCCCCCCUCUCCCCUCUCCCGCCGCGCCCCCCCAAAAUCCGAUCGGCGGUCACCCAGCCGGCGGCGCCCAAUCCGAGCGGCCAGGGGUCGAUUCGAGCCAGCCCCGCGAGGAAUCCGAGGGAUUUGAGGCGGAUUCCCUCCGGGGUAGGAAGGAUGAUGAUGGGGUUCAUGGGGAAGAGGAAGGAGCUGGAGCAGGUGGUCGACGGCCUCUGCGACUUCUCCCUCUCCGGCCCCGCCGCCAAGUGCCGCCGGCUGGACCCUGGUCUCCCACCUAUUUUGGAAGAAGAACCACCGUGUCCUUCCAUCCCAUAUCAACAUCAGAUGCUGGGAGAGGAAAUCAACAGUGGUGUUAACAUGCCCAUUGUGGAAGAUAUGAUAGAAGGUGCCAUGCCAUCUCAUCUGUCUAGCGAGGACAAGGCACUUGUUAUAUACAAGCCAGUAAACAAGCCUACCCUCUUUGGUCUCAGUAUCGCGAACCCUUCAAUCAUAGUCAGUUCAGACUUGAUACGUGGAUUAAAGAAUCAACCUUUCAAUCAGGGGAACUGUCAUGGGCUGGAGGACAAUUCUCCUGAGCGCAGCAAUUGCUUGGCCUUAGUUCCUUGGACGCCACAGCGGAUUGCCAUGACAUCUGAUUGGUCAGCUGCCCCACCUGAAAGCACACAUAAUGUUGAAGAGCCAAUGGACGCUGAUGAGACAGAAGUUAUUUCUAUGGACUUUGAGGAAGCGCCUCAAGCAACUCCGAGGGGAAUCGACGUGGAUAACAUUCACCAGUGGCACCAGCACUGCAUGGACCCACCAUCGCUGCCGAACCCGUCAGCGCCAGUCAUGUGGUCGUGGUGACAAAUCUGGAGAUGUUUAACCGCAGGUUACUUACACACGAAGGAUGAAGAAAUUCCUAUAGCUGGCCUCCACCGGAAGUGUGUGUCUACUUUUGAUGGAUUGAGAAAUGAUUGCUAUGUGCAUAAUAGCCCCUCUUUAGCGUAGUGCUGAUCUUCAUCAGUAACGUCAAUAGACUUCUGUGUUAGAAACGUCCCUUUUACAGCUACAUGACUACAUCGUUGGACUUGUGUGUUAGAAACAGCCCUGUUACCGUCUUACUGUUGGCGCCCCCAGUUUAAUUUGAUCUGGUAUUGUUGGUGCAACAUGUUAGUGCCCUUUGCAGCUAUUCUUGCAAAACUUAGCUUGCAUUGUGGUUUUGAGACCACGGAGUAUGGCCAUGUCUUGAUGAUGUUAGACAAGUUAAUCUAUAUAUGGGACAAUGAAGGAGCUCAA